UGGAGACAGGGUGGAUUUCACUAGAAAAAGAUUUCUGGUUAGAGCCUUUCCCAGGGGAGUACGCCAUAGAAACAAAAUAGCCUAUUUUUGGUUGGAGACAGGGUGGAUUGCUGUAGAAAAACACUUCUGUUUUGAGUCUUCCCCAGGCGGAGACAGUGGACAUUACGGUGAAAAUGGCUUCGUUGGCUGAACCUGUCAGACUGGAAAGAGACAUCUCUCGGGCCAUCGAGCUGUUAGACAAGUUACAGAGGACUGGUGAGGUUCCACCCCAGAAACUCCAGGCACUGCAGAGGGUCCUCCAGAGUGAAUUCUGCAAUGCUGUGCGAGAGGUGUACGAACAUGUGUAUGAGACGGUGGACAUUAAUAGCAGCCCGGAGGUCAGAGCCAAUGCUACUGCUAAGGCCACAGUGGCAGCGUUCGCAGCGAGCGAGGGGCACUCCCACCCCCGGGUCGUGGAACUUCCCAAGACCGAGGAGGGCCUGGGCUUCAACAUCAUGGGGGGGAAGGAGCAGAACUCCCCCAUCUACAUUUCCCGCAUAAUACCUGGCGGGAUUGCGGAUCGGCAUGGUGGCUUGAAGAGGGGGGACCAGCUACUGUCCGUCAACGGAGUGAGCGUGGAAGGCGAGCAUCACGAGAAGGCUGUGGAGCUCCUGAAGGCCGCGCAGGGCACGGUCAAGCUGGUGGUGAGGUACACCCCCAAGGUGCUGGAGGAGAUGGAGUCUCGCUUCGAGAAGAUGAGGUCCGCCAAACGCCGACAGCAGAAUAGCUAUCCCCAGUAGCGUCCUCGCCCCGGUCGCCGGAUUCCUCGCACCCCCCUCCCCCCCCCCGCCUUUUCCCCUUGCCUUCCUCCUCAGGCUGUCUCUCUGUUCCUCCACCCACUCUGCCUCUACUUCACUCUUCUUUGUCCCCUCUUCAACACUUUGGCAUGUUAUUCAACUGUCGCAACACUUAACAAUUUUUCUAAUGUACCCACUAAUGUACCCUCUUACCUUCACAUAUUAUGUGCAUUGAUGCCAAUGCCUCUGCCUUGGAAUAUGUACUUGGGAAUUUAAAGAGAAUUUUGCUGAUAACUGUUUCUUGGAAUUAUAUGAAUCUUCAGAAUGAGUUUUAAAUUAAGGCUCAGUACCACAUUUGCUGGAUACCUAAGGGGAAAAGGGGUUUUUAAUCAAUGUAUUUAACUUUGUUCUGGAAUGUAUUCGAACAACAAUAACUAAAAAGGAAGCUCAGAUUUAGCACUUUUUACAACCUAAGUAAAAAUAAAAAUAGUCAGAGCAUAUGAAUAGUUCACCUGGCAGCAAACAGAAUUUCACUGAAUGUUACUAGGGAAAUGAAGAUUGAUCUGAAUUUUUAUCUGUUUUUUCAAAUCUUUUUUAUGAUUAUUGUGCUUUUUAACCUUGGAGAUUGCAACUGUCCCUUUCUGGAUACAUGUUGAGAAGGGUGAGAUAGGCCUGUACAGUUUCUGUUGUAAUCAUACGCUGUAGAAUGUCUUCAUGGUCUAUUUUAUUUUCCACAUAAAUGCAUAAUCUGUUGUGUUUUUGGUGCUUCAUUUCCAUAUCCACUACUAUAGGCGUUUCUUAAUUCUAAAAAAAUGACACUAAAAGGAGCACACAAAAUGGAUGCUAUUAGCUAAUUGAUUCGAUCAAACGACUAAGGAUGUAGGACAAAACGUCUGCUUUAUCAGGGCCAUUUUUCUGAGAAGGAACUGGCAAUUAUACUGUGCUUCAGCAAUACUGUGCAGAGGUUCAAUGGAAAAAUGGACUGACAUUUCAGACCGGUACGAUUCCUAUAAGAUGGUUUCAUCACUUUGUUUAAUUAAACACUAUGAGCGUUUGCAUGCAUUGUAAAUCCAGUGAAUCUGCUGGAAGAGAGGAAUGAAUUGGUGUAGGAAAAAUAAAUGUAAUCAACAUCUGAGUUUAGGAACUAGUGCAAAAGCAGGAGGGACUUGGUGAAACUCAUGUCAUGUUAUGAACUGCCAUCCCAACAAAUCUGCAUUUAAAGAGAAUGAAGAACUCGUAAAUGCAGCACAGUUUUGCGAGAUGAAAAUUACAAGAUAUUACUGAGUUCCUGCUGUCAACCAGUCACAGCUUCUAUUGCGUGUAAAGCAUUUACCAGUUUUCUUUUGUAAGUUUAAACUAAAACUAGAUAUCCGUUUGGAGAUAUUGAAUCUGAUUUAAAUUACCAGAUAGUCACCCUGGUAAUCUGGUAAUUUAAAGUUAAACGGCUGAUUAUUUAUCAAAUGAUAUAUUUUGUUCUGUCCAUGUAUUUAAAUGUGGUGUUAAAGUACAGUUUUUUUGGCUGAGGACUAGUGCAGAUAUGAAGUUCAGGUUGCAUGUUUUUUUAAACCGCAUCUGACAAAAAAUGAUGCUGUUCUGUUGCAAAAAACAAAAAACCAAGACAAUUAUCAAAACACUAAUGAUAAGAUAUCAAUGAUGUUUUAUAAGACUUUGUAAAACAAAAGCCCUUUAUUAAGCUUGUGCUGCUAUAUAUAUAUAUAUAUAUAUAUAUAUAUAGUACCUGCUUCAAGAUUUGAACAAUGUUGUGGAGCGCGUUUUCCCAGGUUGAUUGGAAGAGAGAGCAGUGAUGGUUAGGGAACUGGGCUUGCCACUCAAAGGUUUGGGUUUGAUUCCCGGCUAGGCGCUGCCGGUAUAACCUUAACCCUCCUGUUCUGUUCAUUUUUUAGGUACAGCAAAAAUGUUCCCGGGUCAAUCCCCAUACAGGGGGGGUUUGCAAAUACAUGAAAUGAACCAUUUUCAUUUAAAAUGUUGAUUACACUAAUUAAGGCCAGUAGAAGAAGUUUCAUACUGAAAAAAUAAUUUUAAGUAUUUUUCCUAGAUUUUCAAACUUUAAAAAGGGUUAAUUUGACCCGCAACAUAACAGGAGGGUUAAGCAAGAUGCUUAACAUAAAUUGGUUCGGUAAAAUAUCUGGCUGUAUGUAACAAAUGCUAUCUGUUUAAUUCGCUCUGGAUAAGAGUGUCUGUUAAAUGACUAAAUGUAAUGCACUCGGUUAACUGAACGUACAUGCUUGGAUUUAUGUAUCGUUGGUCUAAUUUGUUACUCACUCUUUACACAUCAGAAGCGUGUGCUUUUCCUUUGACCAAUUAAUGCACAGGACUCUAUUGAUCAAGAUAAAAUGAUGAUCACAACCAUAAAAUCAUGACUGUUGAAAUUUAUAUUUAUUUACAGGAGAACUGAAAUAAGUGUGCCAUCUUUAAUCCAUCAUUUUUGAAUAAAGGAAUUGCCUCCAAGUCUGGUUUGAAGAACGGGUUACUUCAGAAAUGUUAUGAGGCAUCCGAUGUUUUAUGGCUAGCUACAUGUGCCGAGUGGCAUUAAACAAUUUGAAUGACCUUGUAGCUUGUGUCGUUAGUGCUCAAAUUAGAGGUCUGUAGCCUGACCUGAACCCAACCUUGCCGGGAGGUAUUCUGUGAUUUUCGGGUAUUGGUCUUUUUUUUCUUCUUCUUUUUUUUUCAAGCUCUGUGACAUCAGGUCAGGUACAGGCCAAAUGCUGUCAACUCAUAAUUUUACAAAUAGUUGUGUAAGCCAGCUGUUAACAACAAUUGACAAGAAUGGCACAGAGCUGACUAGCCUGUUCUGGUCAUUUCAAACAUUAAACUAAAAAUGAUUCCCAUUUUGCGAACCUACUUCAUGCAAACACAUACUGAAAAAAAUAAAAAGUUUCUUCUGUUGCAGAGGUGCAAGUGAGAAACAUAAUGUCACAUUAACAGAAGGAGAAAUGUUUAAAUAAGAAGCGUGAAAGCUCAUGUACAGCAGUUUUAAAUAGGUUAGUUGAGCAUAAUGUUAAAAACUGUAGAAUGGUAGAAGCUUUUAUUUGCGCGAUUGUUGUCAAUUGUUGUUAACAGUUGGUGGAAGUGUUACAGUUAACAGCUGGUGGAAGUGUUACUGUCCCCCAUCUCUGAUCCGCGAUCGCAAACAACUUCGUUAGCAGCUUUCCUGUGGGAAACACUGCAUUAUUUUUGAUUGUGAUGUAUGGAGUUGUUGGCUUAUUUCAGCGAUCGGUCUCUAUUGGGUUCCGGCUUCGAAUUUGGUUAGAGCUUAUCUGGCUGGUUCGGUUUGAGCUGUAAAGACGUAGGCAGGCUUGGCCCUUAUUUCUAGCCUGAUACAGACCUCUAGCUCAAAUCAUUCAAAAUCUAUGUUUAGUCUGUUUUCACGUUUCCUUUGGGCCCAUUUUGUGUUGUUUUUAGCGGGAGAGAGAAAAUGCUGACUGGAAGCUAUAGCCAUCUUUCUUUAGGGUAAAAGAAUAGGAAAUUAUUAGGAAGGGAUCAGACGGACUAGCCAGUGUGUUGGUGUGUGUAGCUUUCUAAAUGUGUCAAGUGGAAAUUCUGUUAGAUACUGUAUAUAAAAAAAUAAUUGCAUUAUAUGUACUGCCUUUUGAAAUGUUUUUACAACUAGACAAUGAACUUAAAAAAAAAAAAAAAAAAACUUUUGUCCUUGCCUGGAAUGUUUUUUGACAUAUAAUGUUGAGCUGUUAUUAAUUAAAGAAAUUAAUCUCUUAACUGAACAAUCCUAUGCAAGAAAUAUCACAUUAGAAUGAACAACAGUUUUUUAUGUAGAUUUCAUUCAUUCUGACUAUUGUGUCGCCUCAGCUUUCUCGGAAAUGAGCACAGAAAAUUAAGCAAUGCAGGACAUCUAUUUUUACUCUGAAAGGCAGGUGUUUUAAUGUCUGGCAAGUUCAAAAAAGCCAGUCUGGAUUUUUCCCUCAUGUUCAUAAAACAUUUAGUAAUGUUCUAAAUUUAACAUGUCCCAUAAAUCUUUCACAGUGCUCACUUAAAAGUAUACUUGGGUUGUUUUUUUUUUUUUUUUUUGCAAGAAGCCUCUUUUUUUCUUUUCUUUUUUCUUACAAAAAAUGCAGUGAACUAAAAAUGUCUUUCUUUUGAUGAAUUUAGGACUGACAUGUUAAGAAGCAUUGCUUUUUUGAGACUUGGCAAAUCCAUAUGAUCGUUAUGGCCUUCACAGAACAGGUAGUCUGAUGGGCUUUCUUCUAAUGUCACACAAAAGAGCAAUAAAGGUUGGGCUUUCUUUUGUUGUACAACCUUUUGUUUUUAUAAUCUCUUUUUGAUAACUGGUUUUUGUGGGAAAUUUUCAAACAUUGUAUGUAUUUCUGUCCUCAAUGCAUUAUCCAUUUCGAGUAACAAGACCAAACUUUAAAUGAUG